GUUUGGUGGACUCGUGUUGCAUAAAACCGCUACGUCACUUCCCUCUCUCUCUUCGACCACCGCCAUAGUCGGGAAAGGACGGCGGAUAAAAUGUCGUCCCACAAGACUUUCAGGAUUAAGCGCUUCCUCGCCAAGAAGCAGAAACAGAACAGGCCCAUUCCUCAGUGGAUCAGAAUGAAGACUGGAAACAAGAUCAGGUACAACUCCAAGAGGAGACACUGGAGGAGGACCAAGCUCGGCCUGUAAACAUGAGGGUCAGUGGAUCCCAGCGUCCCUCCAUCCCAACAUCUGCCAGAACUCUGCUGGGCCGGAGGGAGCCAUGUUAUCUGGAGCAACAGUCAUUUUGUACAGAUACUCAUGUUUGACAAUAAAAGAUCUGUGAUCAAACUGAAAA